CCAACAGGACUCUUCAGUUGUCGCUCUGUUCCGUCUUGUUGUGUGUAAGACUCGCGCGACUUCCGCUUUGAGCGUCAAAUAUGGCCACGUCCAGACUAGAGAUCAAUUUUAUCAGGUUAUUAUCGCGUUGUGAAUCUCUGGCUUCAGAGAAAAGAAAUGAGACAGAAUGGAGACUAGAGAAGUACGUUGGUGCUCUUGAGGAGAUGCUUGUUGCCCUUAAAAAGAGUCCCAGCAAACCAACACCGGAAAUACUGACGGACUACAACCGCAAGGUGGACUUCCUCAAGGGUCUCUUAGAGGCAGACAAACUGCCGUCUCCAGCAGAGAAGUCUUUGGCCAAUCAGUUUCUGGCUCCUGGACGGACGCCUACGAUAUCCAGCGAGAGAACGCCGGCCAGUAAGACGGUGCACAUUCAGAGUAAAGCGCGAUGUGCUGGAGAAAUGAGGAAGGAGCUGAUGAGUACCGUACGACACUUUCCUCUUUCAGCUACUAAUCAGGCUGUGUCAAGUUCUGGUUCAUUGGAUACGGAUCUCAGACACAGAAAGAGUAUUCCUGUAGACGAGCGGCAGUCAGCGGCAGAGCUGGACGCUAUUCUACAGCAUCAUCACAACCUGCAGGAGAAACUAGCUGAUGACAUGCUGAAUCUCGCUCGCAACCUGAAGAACAACACGCUCGCGGCCCAGAACAUCAUCAAGCAGGACAACCAGACUCUCACUCAGUCUAUGCGUCAGGCCGACAUGAACUUCGAGAAGCUGAAGACUGAAUCAGAGCGUCUGGAGCAGCACGCCAAGAAAUCCGUCAACUGGUUCCUGUGGCUGAUGUUAAUCGUCGUCUCCUUCACGUUUAUCAGCAUGAUCCUCUUCAUAAGACUGUUCCCGCGACUCAGAUGAUGUUAAUCAUCAUUAGAACAGCUAGAUUUAAUUUAUCUAUUACAACAGGUUUACAGACACUAGCUAAGAGUUAUGAAUUUGAUUGACAGCCUCAAUCAUUCAGUCAACUUCAGUCAUUCCUGCAAAAAUGUACUUCACCUGCAUGCCAUUGUCGAUGUCAUAACGAAUUCGCGCCGAAUCUCUGUGAAGAACGUCUUAAAUGAAUAAUUUGUUCGGUUGUUAUUAACGGUAAGUAUUUGAUAACUACAAACUGUUCGUCUGUCAUUUAAAUAGGCUGAGUAAUCUGACGACAAACGUUCUUAAUACUAACUGAGACCGACGUUUUCGUCUUUUUAAAGAUGCGGUCAAAGUUUUCCCUGAAUUGUUUUCAUUUCCAACAGGCUUGUAUAAUAUUGCUUAAUAUAAUACAUUUUGACACUAAUGAGCGUUUUGAGACGAUAAAAAUGACUGACAGUUUCAUCCAGCUUUAUCUGAGUUUCUGUUAUUCACUUUCUCACGUAGGCUACGGUGGCUAUAAAAACGGACCGAGCUGUUUUAAGGUCCUGUCGACUUGUCGAGACUCGCCGCGUCGAUCAGGAAAUGUUCUGGCAAACAGCAGGAAGUAUUUUUGCCCGUCGGAAGCACAGAUGGAUACCGUCUUCUCCACCCAGAGAGUAAAUGGCCCAUAUUUAGAUGCUAACGAUCUAUUUGUGCUUGUUCCCUAUAUAGCACAUGGACGGAGUAUUAAGUAUUGCUCAGAUAUGGUUAACGUGUUUGUUCCACUGCGCAGCUCUAUUGAUGGAUCUUAAUGUUGAUCUGAAGCGGCCUAUGAUCUUUUAUUUGUCCGUGUGCUUAGUUUCGCUCCUGUAAUUCAUUCACAUGAACAGAUAGGCUAGGCUGCUCUUCUUUUCUAUCAGAUGUGUUCGAAGUUAACUGUGAAGAAAAAAACAGGAGGGUGUAUUAUUUUAAUAAAAUAAUUGGCAA